AUGGCCACCUUUGGAGGAGCUCAGCAAAAAUGCAUGGCCUGUGAUAAAACUGUGUAUCUUGUUGAUAAGUUGACUGCUGACAAGAGGAAUUAUCAUAGAUCCUGCUUUAGAUGCCACCAUUGCAAGGGCACCCUUAAGCUAAGCAACUUCUGUUCUUUCGAAGGGGUAUUAUACUGCAGGCCUCACUAUGAUCAACUCUACAAGCGAACAGGCAGUCUUGACAAGAGUUUUGAAGGAACACCCAAAAUUGCCAAACCAGAAAAAUAUAUUGAUACUGAGAAUGCAAGCAAAGUGUCAAAUAUGUUUGCAGGAACCACAGAGAAAUGUGUGGAUUGCAGUAAGACUGCAUACCCUAUUGAGAGGGUGACGGUGAAUGGAACGCCAUACCACAAGAGCUGCUUCAAGUGCUGCCAUGGUGGGUGCACAAUAAGUCCAUCAAACUACAUUGCUCAUGAGGGAAAGCUCUACUGCAAGCAUCACCAUAUCCAACUUUUCAAGGAGAAAGGAAACUACAGCCAGCUCGAGGCAGAAAGGGACGCAGCACUCAUCACCACAGACUUCACCACCGUCGAAAUUGCUGCUUAA